CCGCCCACAAAAUGGCGGCCGCUCCCUCUCCUCCUGAGGGGAGAUGGCGCCGCCCUCUCCCGCCCACAAGAUGGCGGCGGCCGGUUCGUCUCCCUUGCUCGGUGCUCCCGGCCCCUGAGCCCACGCUGCCCGGGGGAACGGGCAGCCCGGCGCGGUGUCCCUCCAUGGAGCUGGGUCGGCUGGAGUACCUGCAGGCGCUCGUCACCGAGUUCCAGGUGACGGACAGCACAGAGGCCAAGGAGCAGGUGCUGGCGAACCUGGCCAACUUCGCCUACGAUCCCAGCAACUACGAGUAUCUGCGGCAGCUGCAGGUGCUGGACCUGUUCCUCGACAUGCUUACCGAGGACAACGAGAGCCUCGUGGAGUUUGCCAUGGGUGGUCUUUGCAACCUGUGCUUGGAUAAAACAAACAAAGAGUACAUCCUGGAGGCCAACGGGGUGGAGCCCAUCAUCAGCUGCCUGUCCAGCUCCAACGAGGAGACCGUGGUGUCGGCCGUGACCACGCUGAUGUUCCUGACGACGCCGCGGUCGCGCGCGCAGACCACGGCGCUGCCCGUGGUGGAGUGCAUGCUCCGCUUCUCGCUCUCGGCCAACACGCGCCUCAGCAACCUGGCAUCCAUCUUCCUGCAGGACUACUGCAGCCCUCCGCAGCUGGAGGAGGCCAGGAACCUCAGCAAGCACACGGCAGUGGGCAUCCCUCUGCCCAAGGACUGAGCGGGAACCUCCUGCUGCUCUCGCUUUCUGCUCAGCAGGUCAAGAGCAGCAGUAAAGACUGGAGCUGGUCCCACCACUGCUGUUUAGUCAACAAACACGAUGGAACAGCAGUAACUGGGCCAAGCACACAGCUAAGCCUGCAAAUAUUUAAAAUAAAGCAGGUCAUGGCUGCACGUUGGAAAGUGCUUUGCCAAGUGCAGCUCGGCACCCAGCUUGCACAAACAACCCUUCCCAGCAAUGAGGGGUGUUCUGCUCGGGUUAUUGGGCAGAAUUGUAUCCAGUCCGGUUCCUGGCUAGUUGUGCUAUACCUCUCCCCUCCAGUGUUGGUGACAAGUGACAUUAAGUGUCAGCUCAAGUCACUGAAAUGUCACAGAAAUGUAUUCCUCCUGCAGAGAAAGGAGUUUCCCUGCCCUGGCAGUUCACAGUCUCCAUCCCUGUGGCACUAGUUAUGCCCUCCUAUAAUCGUGGCACAGGCAGCCAGCUAUGGAAUCACUACACAGGGCAGGCUGUAACUGCCCUAUAAGUGAAUAAGUGGCAAGUUUGUCUUUUAUUACCACUGGUGAGAAAGGUGAAGUAAUUAUUUAAAAAAAAAAAAAGGAGGGGGGCUCAUGGUAGUCUGGCUCAUGAGAACAGCUGUCUUGUAAAAGCUUCUGUUAAUAAAACAUUAACUUAAA